GAGCGGUGGCCGCCGGCGCCCGCCAGCGCCGCCAGGAGGGGCAGCGCCCAGCUGAGCGCGGGCGGCGCCGCCAUGGGCGCGGGCUCCGCUCGGCGCCGCGGGGCGCCUUAGGUGGCGGCGGGCGGCGGGCGCCGCUGCGCCAUGCUGCGCCCGGGGGCCGGGCGCCGCCGCCUCUGCCGCCGCCGCCGCUCCCUCCUCCGCCGCGGCCGGGCUGCGCGCGGGCGGGCAGUUCCUCGUUCGGGGCGGGGAGGAGGGGGUGCCUGUGCGGGAGGAGAGGUGGGCCGGGCUCCUCCGGGAGGGCUGCUCAGGCACCUCGCCGCCGCGCGCCGCCGCUCCCCCGCCCGGCCCGCCUCGCCUCGCCGCGCCGCGGACGAGGGGCGGGAGGCGGCCCCGCCGCCGGGCUGCGGGGGGCCGGGACGGGGCCGCGGAGGGGGCGAGGCGUGGCGCCGGGCCUCGCUGCCGCUGCCGCUGCCGCUGCCUCGCCUCAAGCGGGCGCCGGCCGCGGGUGCGGCCCCUGCCAAGGUGUCGGGCCGUGGGUCCCGAGCGUCCGCAGCCCGGGCGCCCCGCGGGCGCGGCGAGCCCCGGCAGCGCGCCGGGUGGAAGGCGUGCCGCGCCGCGCCGUGCCGUGCCGUGCCUUGCCGCCGCCUCGGCUGCCGAUGCUCACACCGGGGAAUAGCGUGGGAUGGGCGUGGGGUGCAGCCGCUGGGCUUUCAGCGUCCGCGGGGAGAGGGAACCGGCGGAGGGGCACCUCUCGCAGCGCCCUCCCUGCGGGCUGCCCCGCCGCCCGUUACGACGCCCUGCGUUAGAGUAACACCAGUAAGCCAGCCGGCCGCUGCCGCUGGGAGCGAGAUGUCAGAGCUCUGUUUACAACCUCGCGGUCCUGACUGAGGCGGAACAAAGAGCCUGCCUUGUGUCCCUUGCUUUGCACGGCGCUGCUGCCUCGAGGCGGGUGGCUUUCAGCCCGCGGAGCGAGGACCGGGCGCGGAGGACACGGCCGAUCGGAGAGUAGCACCAUAGAGUGGCACUGGUUGGAAGGGACCUGAAAGAUCUAUCCAGUUCCCCCCCCCCCCGCUCUCUCGUUUCUGGGAUGGACUGCCAAAACGAGACCUGUGGGCUGCGUGCUGGGCUAAUGUGAUCUCUUUGCUGACUUUUAAAUGAGAAGUGGGAUGGUGAAAGGUAGCAAAGAUGCAUUUUAGUGUUCGCCGUCAGGUGUCUCUGGUCAGUCUGGGUGAGGUUGGCACAGCGCCCAUGGCCGCUCUUACUACGAACUGAGCGUAAUGUUCAAAACUGACGCCGGUUUCGCUAACACCGACCCUCCAUUUGCACUGCUUUUACUGUAAAGUGGCUUUACGGCAGGACUAAGUGGACUAAAAGGACUAAAAGCUAGAACAAAAGUGGCCUCUGUGUAUGGGUUGAGCAGAGUAUUUCCAAGAAGGAAGCACACUUUGCCAGCGAAUUUGUAUUAUCCUUCUCCAUUGCUACACGCAGCAGCAGCUAUUGUGCAAGAAGUUUUGUUACUACAGUCAGCAAAAAUGUACCAUCUUGCACCUAUCAGGGUCUAGAACACCGUUAUAGUGAACACCAAUAGUACCAUAACAUUCAAAACCCUGCACAACUCAUCUGCUUAUCUUACAUGCAGUAACUACAAAAUCUGCCCAGUGUAGCAGAAAAGGUGGAAGAGAAUCCUUGCACGGGUCUUUAUUCUCACCAGAUGCAAAGAUGCACCACUAACAAGCACUGCCUGCAGCUCCUUGGCUUCCACCUUGACUUCCAGUUGCUCUUUAAGUGCAAAUACAAAGCUCCCAGUGAUCCACAUCUUGCUCAGGCUAUGGGGAAAGCCAACCAGCUUCCUUCUUGCAGGACGUCCCUAGUAGUGGCCACAGAGCACAUCCCGCUGUGACUUCUUCUGUGGACAGCCCUCCCAUCACAAAACCAAAGACUUUUGUAUUUGCUGAGCUUGGUUCAGUACCGACCAGUUGACCUGUUUCUUUGGGUUUUUGUUUAGAAUAUGUCACGUGUACAUCACUGAGUGAUUGAUUUGGUGAAGUGGGUGAUGCCAGGCUUAUUCUGGUCUUAGACAACAGUGAUGGCUCCUAAGGCUGCAGGCUCCUCCGACUGCUCAAGUAGCAACGUUCUGCUUCCAAAUGUGCUUAUUCUGGGACCCAGGAAAGACAGAUCACAUCUGGGUACACACAUAAGGAAGCAGCCCAGCUGCGUGGGAUACAGCAGCUCCCAAGACAGGGCAGGAGGCACCACCUGUCCCCAGAGCAAUCAGACUCAUCCCCACUUGCAGCACUUCUCUAUUUCUGCCCUCUCUCUCUUCCCAGGGAAGCAGUAUCUAGGACCCGGUCCUUAUCUUGCAGUGCUGAAUAUUGUGUACACUUCGGAGAGCCACUGAAGCAGCUGUGCACUGGGAAUCAGUUCAUGGAAUAUUACCCAUAAGUAGCCCAGUUCUUGAAGCAGCAAAGUCUGCUCGAUUUCUUUCUAAGCUCCCAAAGUAAACAGGAGCUUUGUCCUUGAUCCAUUCUUCCAGAGGCAGCCAGCAGGAUACCAGCAGAGCCGAGUUUCUACUGAUGUCAUGGAAAUAGAGAACAAGGCUGCGGGUGUAUUUUGUAAUGCUGCUGACAUUCACUGUUAAUACAGAAGACCGGAAAAUGGUGCAAUCCUUUUGAGAUACUCUUAUAAAAACUAAGCAGAAGAAGGAAAGACAUUGCAUUGUGCUGUCUUGGUCACCAGCCCCAUAUUUGGUAAUUCUAUACUGCUGUUGUCUAUGUUUUAUUCUUCAGGCACUACAGAGAUGGCAAACUGGGGUGUCUGCCCGCUGCCUCACGCUGCACCCCAACCAAAAUUCCCUAAAAAAGCUGGGGGAGCACAAUGCUUCCUUGGCUUUCUGAAGCAAGCCGUAUUGAUUUCAGUGGGGCGCGUGAGAUCUGAAGUUAGAAUCACACCAGGGCCUGGAUCUACGUGUACCGUUUAAUGAGUUCUCUUUUAAAUCUUCAUCAAUAUUAGCAGAACACAUCCUGAAUUAACUUCUGAUUGCCUCUCCCACUGUGGCUCAGCUGCCUACUUCCCCCCUCCUUACUUCUCAUCUGCAUGCUAAGCUUCUCAGAAUGGAUGACUCUGCAGAGGACCUGACAAAAUACUAGUCAAUAAAUGAAAUGUGUUUUUUUAUGUUUAAUUUAUUUAGCUUAACUUUGAUAUUUUUUCCUAUUUUGGGACUCAGAGCCCAAUUAAGGUUUGGUUUGAUCUGUUUAUUUAACACAUGGGGUUACCUUGGCUUGGUUCUGAAAUGAUUUUUCUCUAAGGGCAAAUAUAUAACCUUCUGCUUAUGAAGCAAUAGCAGGUAGUGUUACUGUUAACGAGCGUUUCAUCCUCAGUGUAAUAUUUGAAAUAGCUGCAUUUCUCCUUACAGAGUUAAGUCAGUUUUGCAGUGUAACUAAACGUUGGCUAAAUAAAGAGGAAAUGCUGAGCAGCUUUGCAAAAAA